AUGGCCCCAUCGAGAAGUAACAAGCCAAUAGCUAAUGGCCACAGUGCAGCGAAAACAUCCGAAGAGGCCAAGGAUAGAAAGCAGGCGAUUGACAGCAUUCAGUUGGAGAACUUGCUACUUCGAGAUGAAGAAAUAUUUCAAACGUCACUAAAUUCAGAUGAUUAUCUAGAUAGUCUUGCGCCAAUCAUUAAGAACGCAGUCAAGCUGAACGGGUUGAAUGAUUUGAUAACUAAAUUGAAUGAUAUAGUACAUCAAAAGGAUGAAGAGUUGAACCAAGUCUCCAUUGAGUCAAUGGAUGAAAUUAAUCAAUGCAUGGAAACAAUUUCUAGUAUACAUAGAAGUGCAGAUGAAUUGAACAACCAGUUUCUCACUGUGAAUCAGGGAUUGAAUAAAUCUGCUUUUGAAUUAAUGACGAGAAAGAAGAACUAUAUCAAGUACAAAGAAGUGUGCAAUAGGAUAAAUGAGACUCAUGUAGUGUUGACGGAAUGUAUACAAGUGUUAGAAUUGAUGAAUAGGAUAUUGGAUUUGAUCAAACAGACAAAAUAUUUUCUGGCAUUGAAGUUGAUUGAUGAAAUGACCAAUAUUCACAUACAAAAAGUCGAGGAAUUCAGCUUUGCAAAAAAGAUUGUUGCAUCGACGCCACACUUAACUAAGAUGAUUGAGGACGACUCAUUCGAGAAUUUAACGAAAUGGUUGUCUAUCCACUUAGAGAGAAAAUUACGUCCUGUGGGGGAAACGUUAUACGAGAAUCUUGCCGAAUUGCAAGAUAUCUGGAAGGAACAACAGGCUAAGCAUGACAUGUAUAGACCAUAUAAAUUGAAUUCACCAGUUGAGUUGAGUUUGAGAGAUCCGACUUUAAACUAUGAUGUUUUUGAGGAUGAGUCGUUGCAGAUUCCAUUGAAUAAUGUUUAUGAUGCCAUUUUAGUGUAUCUGACAUUACAUGAAUUGGACACUCUCAGAGACAUAUACUACAAGGAAUGGAUGAAGAAAUAUAGUCGAAUCAUUUAUCCACUUACAUCGGCUUCUGCCAACAAGAAAGAGAUUAUUUUUAGCAACAACGAGCUAGAUGAGUAUUUGAAGAAAAUUGCAGCAUUCUUCGUCACGGACAAACAAUUGAACUUAAUUACAAAGUUUCAAUUGCGAACAAGCAACCAAGCGGAUGAUUUGUGGAUAUCGUAUGUUUCUAAAUUGAAGCCAGUUUUAUUGUUUAAUUUAAAGAGGAACGAUUUUUAUGAUCUUCGAGAAUUGCAUGGAUUCAAACAAAUUGUUGGCGAUUUCAUGCAGAUCAUGGACUCCAAUGAAUACUACAUUGGUGACCUUUAUGAAGUGUUGAUGAUAAUCUUCAAAGACUACUUUGCUCCAUUGAUUGUGCAGGAUUUCAGAAAGCAAUAUAUUGGAGCCAUGCAGAAGGAGUUGUACACUUCAUUACAAGUCGACGAAAGGAGAUACAACGAUACUAUGAAGACUUUGUUUUAUCACAGGGACGCACCCUUUGCUCCUGAAAGAGUUAGGAAUAGAUUCCCUGUCAAAUUUCCCUUUAGUGAAGAUUAUGCUACAUUUUGCAAGAUUUUGCACAGACUAACAGUCAGAACUUUAAGGUUCAUUGAAGUAUAUUACAACUAUGAAAUCAACGAAAUUAUAAACAUUAUCGUCAAUAAUAUCUUUGAAGAAUUUUUGGGAGAAAAGAAAGGAUUUGGAAUUGCAUGGGAGAUUGAAGAUUUUAUACGCAAGAAUUCCACAAAUAAAGAAGUCACUGCCCAAAGUUUUGUUAAUUUGGAACACUACAUUAUUGGUUUGAUGGAGAUUGGAAAACUUCUUAAUGACACAUUAAGACAAGAAACAGGUAUGGGUAUCCAUAACAUCGACAACAAUGGUACAUUCACAUUGAAGGCAGUAGAAACAUUCACCAAGUUGAAAAAGUUUUCUGAGGAAACACUUUAUCAAAUGGUUGACACAAAGUUACAAGAACUAUUGGAUUUAGUUGAAUAUGAGGAUUACACACCAGCGGAACUGGAGCGCAAUUCGGAGGCCAACUUCUCUGUCAAAGACUUUGCUAUGUUUUUGGAGAAUUUAUUUACAUCUAUUUUUGAAAAUUUGUCACCGCAAUUGAGGACUUUGGGUUUAUUUAGAGCAUAUGACUUUGUUUCGCAAUACUUUUUAGGAAUACUUCAUGAUGCACCUGAAUACAAUGAAGUUUUUAUUGACAAUUUUGAUUUGGAUAUCAAGUAUCUUGAGAAAUCAAUGCAAAGAUUGGGUAACGCGGAAGAAGAAACGGAUGCUUCCCAAGGUAAUGUGUCCAUUGACUCUACAUUUUCCGAAUUGAGACAAAGUGUCGAUUUAUUGAAACUGAACAAUUAUGAAGAAUAUAUGAACAAUAAUACAUACAGGACAAGAAACUUUAGUUCUAUAAAGUUUGAAAAGGGUAAGCAAUUGAUUGGCAAGAUGCAAGGACGAGAAGAUGCCCAAUUGGCCCGCAAUUCGAGUCUUCACAGAUCACCACAACGUUCCAACACCAUCAAUUCCGUCUCACAUUCAAUAUCUGGUCGAAACUUUUCCAAUCUCAUGGGAAAUAGAUUCAAUGACGAGGAAAGCACACCUGGAUUGAACCUUACCUCCAACCCUAGUUCGCGGCCAGUAUCGCCGUCACCAUCUCCGAGAGUAGAAUCUGGGUCUCGACAAUCACCAGGGUUGGUUUCCGGAACAGGAUCAAUCUCAAGCUCAAGACUUGCACAAUUUGCAGGAAGGUUUAAACAGAAUGGACAUAAUGGGCAAAGCGGAGAAUGA